CCUAUUCUAUGCCUGUUUUUGCCAAUGGGCGGAAUGAUUGCUUAUGACCUCGACGUUGCGUACCGAGUACUUCUAGUUUUUACAAAAAUGACUGCUUGUGACCAAAUCCUUCGCGUUCGGGCCAAUGCAAAUCACUUGGCUGCUCUGAUAACAAACCGGAACAUUCGGAACUAUUUGCUAGCCAACGAAGUGAUCGCUGAGUAG